CCCAGUCCGGUCAUGGUACCCUAACCUUGCAAUAAAAUGAAGAUAGCUCAAUUUCUCUGCUUCUCGCCUGAUGUGGCCGAAGAACGGAUCACCACCGUCCAUGUCAUAGCGGAAGUGCCGCCCUGCCAUCGACAGCGGAGGUGGCGGCGUCGUCUAGCCGGAAUCAUCUUCCCAGCGCUCAUCAGUCCACAGGCGAACGUUUAUGCUGAUGUUUCUUCCACUCCGAGGAGACGAGGCGGUCAAUUCAGUGGUCAGAAACCAACCUUUGCAUCGGAGACCUCAUCGGUGCGGAAAUCGGAUUCCGAUGAUGGUCGGGGGUCGGAUGAGCUCAUCUUCUCAUCCUCUUCGAGCUCAUCACCCAAAACACUAUCGGCUUCCCCAUUUUUGCCGGUGCCGAAAUCAAAGGAGAUGGUGGAAGCAGCCGCGGAGAGGCGGUGCGCCCUAUUUUUCUUGGUGGUGAGCUUGAUGGUGAUGGUGUUCUGCGGACGGAUCUGCGCGAUCCUGUGGACGGCAUCGGUGCUCCGCUUUCUUCCUCGCCGGAAAACGGUGCCGGAGUCCCCAUAUUCGUCGAAGUUGACCCCGUCUCCGACGUCGGACCUUCGGCCAAGAGCAUGCUGUGAGUAUGACAGGAAGCGGGUUGUUCUGGAAGGAUUUCUACUAAGGAGAAAGGGUUUGAACAGCGGUUGACAGAAUGGAAACAAAGUUCGAAAAUUGAAAAUAAAAUAAUUCGUCCGUAUUUAUGUAUCUAUGCAUCCAUUGUGGUGUUUGUGGAAAAAUUAUUACAUUAAGAACGGACUCAAUUUACGUCAGGAGUUCAGUGAGAGUGUGUUACCUGGUAAGCGGGCCACAUUCUUUUUAAAAACUUACCCAACCAGUUUAUUACAAUGGGACUCACUUGUCAUUUGACACACUUCUACUGAACUCCGGAUACAAAUUUACGUCCGGUGUCCUGAUACAAUAAUCACUCGUUGUUUGUGGGGUGCUUUAUUUUUUGUUUGUAUUAUUAAAUUUCUUAUUCUUGUGUGUGAAAUGAA